AUGUGGUCCACCUUCAAGUACCUCUUGUUCCUGUUGUGGAUGUCCUAUGUGUUUGUGUGUUGCCUGUUUCUGUUCACGGGUGGGUUUCUCCUCCGACGCCAAGUUCUGACCAACAAAUCCGAGUGCUUGUCCCGAGAUCCGUGUCAUCCCCGGGCUCCGCCCAUCUUUGCCAAGGCUGUGAUUAUUCUCAUUGACGCCUUCAAAUACGAAUUCGCCCUGCACGAUGAUGGACUGGUCCAACCCAUGCAUUUCCAGAACAACUUGCCUAUCCUGAGUCGACUUGAGCGCUCGGGACAGGGCAAAUUAUUCGAGUUUAUGGCUGAUCCACCCACCACGACCUUACAAAGGUUAAAAGGCCUAACUACGGGCAGUUUACCUACUUUCAUUGAUGCGUCGUCCAACUUCGGGACUGAUGAAAUCCCGGAGGACAACAUACUAUUCCAAGUGAAUGGUCAAGACUUACGGGCGGUUUUUGCGGGCGAUGAUACGUGGAUGGGAUUGUAUCCCAACCAGUUCCUCCGCUCAUUCCCUUACCCAUCCUUUGAUGUGUGGGAUUUAGAUACGGUGGAUAAGGGGGUGAAUGAGCAUUUUUUCCCUGAGCUUAAUCAUACUGAUUGGCACGUGCUCAUCGCUCAUUAUUUGGGAGUAGAUCACGCGGGCCACAAACAUGGGCCUUAUCAUCCAGAGAUGAAACGGAAGCUCACUGAAAUGAACCAAGUCAUCGAACGAGUCAUUGAUUCUAUUGGUAAUGACACCAUCCUCUUUGUGAUGGGCGACCAUGGGAUGACAGCAUCCGGAGAUCAUGGCGGCGACUCAUCAGACGAACUUAGCGCUGCAUUAUUUGCCUAUAGCCCCAAAUUCAAUUUCCAAACCAACCUCAAACCCGCUCGGGAAGUCGUGGAGCAAGUGGAUUUUGUGCCUACAUUGUCUUUACUGCUCGGGAUUCCCAUCCCAUAUUCUAACUUGGGGAAGCUAAUCCCAAGUCUCUUUGGUAGCAACGAGUCUAAUUCCUUCAUCUUGCCCUACCUCGACGCCAACUUGAGGCAAGUCAUGAAUUUCCUGGAAGGAUAUCGUGCCCAUGGGGGAAACUUGCCCAAGAACGUUCAUGACAGUCUCAGAAAUCGGUUUGAAAGCUACGAGGAAAUCUCGCCAUCGUUCUCAGAUGUGCCAGGCACCAUUCGCAGUGGAUUUGAUAUCCUACGCAACGCCAAGAAGAUGUGCCAAUCCGUUUGGGCCGAAUUCAAUUUGACCGUCAUGGGACUGGGUCUGAUCCUCUUCCUGAUGCAGCUCUGCUUGAUCUUGUUAUUAAUCCUCACUCCUAAGACUCAUCUGAUCGCCUCCAUUCUGAAUAGCGGCUUUGUGACACAUUUAUGGAUAUCCAGCAUCAUUGGAGCAGGAUUGGGAAUGCUCUUCCCCCUAAGUCAGCACAUUCGACCAGAAAAAGGAGUUGAAUUCGUGCUCUUUGCCUCUUCUUCAUUCUCGGUGAUGGCUUUUGGCUUCAAUUUGUUGUGGAAGCUCUUGGAUUCGGCGGGGGAUCUGAUCAGUUCCUUAUAUAAUUCCUGUGGCAAGAGACCUUUACUUUGUUUGGGCUUCGUUCUAUUUCAAGUGUUCAUGGUGUCCACUAAUUCAUUCGUGGUGUAUGAAGCCGAAGUCAUGAGUUUCAUGAUUCUAAGCUCGGUGAUAUUCUAUCUGCUCGAAUUAAAAGCUCCAACGCCAGAAACGGAAGCCAACCCAAAGAUAAGAUCCAACUCCCGGGAAGUGAUCUUCUUUCUCGUACUCGUGAUUAUGGGUCUCGUCAAGCUCUGCACCAUCUACUUCCGAUGUCGAGAGGAACAAUUGGGAUUUUGUUUUCCAACAGAGUUCCACAAGCCUAUCGGGACCUUGCCCAAAGACACCUCUUAUCGGGACUACAAAAAUCGAAGGUUCUGUUCGACCAUGCUCUCCGUCGUUGUGACCGUGCUCCUGCCGCAUUUCUGGCUGAAAAACUGCGGAAAUCUGAAUGGGUUUUCAGUGAGUGUGUGCCUUGCCAGCUACGUUCCACCCACUUGUGGCAUCAGUAUGGUGUUCUAUUGGGCCAUCCAAGGCCAUGAGGUUGGAACAAAGCUCCUUCCAUGGCAACAGAACAUCUUGGCCCAGGUGGCCAUGGUCUUGUGCUUGACUGCCCUUGUUGCCAUCAUUAUCCAGCCAAAAUUGGUCUAUCGCAUGGAAAACACUCACGCUCAUUCGGAAGUGAUGCCUCACCGGAGCAACGGCAUUCACGGCUAUUUCAAGUUUAUGAGCUCUCACUGGAAGAAUCACUUCACCAUGGAUAGCGUUGGUGGGCGACAGAAGAUUAACGUGUUCGGCCUGGGAACAGCUUUCAGUGCCCCGUUCCUCUUCAUUCAAACCAUUUUGUGCCUUGGAUCAAUGCUCCUCUUGGGAGACGGUCUUUGUCCUAGUCUGGGUUUGGCAUUCGUUCUGACCCAUCUCAUUUUGUACGUGGACACAGCAAUCCGGUUGGGAUCCAUAUCCACAUUGGAACAGAUCUUCAAUGUGCCAUGGUCAACAGUAGUGGGAUACUGGCUACUCGAGUCCCUUCUUUUCUAUGCCACAGGCCAUCAACCCACGUUUUCGUCCAUUCAAUGGAACGCCGCCUUCGUCGGGAUAUCGGGCUCAAAUUACGGGACGGACACCACGUUGGCCGGGUUUUUGAUCCCGGUUGUUAUGGUUGGAUGGAACACUUUCACGUCCAGGAUCAUUUAUGGAAUCUGCCUGCCAAUUCUUCUGAUCUCGCCAUUCACGAUGUGGCUGAGGUUUCCCGAUCUCAGGAGGCAGUUCCAAACUGCGGCCGUGGAAGUCAAGACUCUGGAAAGCCAAGACUUGGACCAAGGAGAGCUCGUUCUGGUUGAGUUUCAGGAGGAGACCCGAUCCAACUUGUUGAAGUUAUGUGCCAAGUACUGCUGGCUCCAAGCCUUGAGACUUUUUGGUACCAUGUUGGCGGCCACGGUUCUACGCCGUCAUUUGAUGGUGUGGAAGAUCUUCGCACCCAGAUUCAUUUUCGAAGCCAUCGGGUUUCUCGUGUCGUUAGUCAGUGUAGUGAUCGGAUAUUGUGUUUUUUCUAGGAUUCACAUUUCCUUAAUUCGCUAUUAUAGAAUGCUUCAAAAAAAUAAAUGAUCGCAAGGAG